AUGACAGGAUGGUCGUCCUGUGCUCCUUCUGCGCAAAAGUUUUCAAAUCUCAAGAAAGCAACGAGACAUCCAGUUGGGACUGGGAUUCGAACAGAAGAAUGGAGGAAGCCCGUCGUGGUGCCGGCAGAGCGAUGUGGCACGGAGAAAGUCAAAGGUGAAUUGCCUGUAGCUCGCAAGCUGCAAAAACAACAAAGGCAAAUUCCGACAAUCCUGUUGGUCGCCGUUCUCUUGCUUUUUUCUUUUUGCAUGCUUAAAAGUUUUCGAAAAACGGUGCAUCAUCAUGCGAUACGCAGAGACCAUUUGCACCAGUACUCUGAUGUUAGCGAGAAAACAGUCACUUCCAUUCGCCAAGCUAGUGGUAUUCUUCUCCACAACAACCAGAUAGGGAGGACACCAAUUAUUCAGCCACAAAUUUUUCUACCAACUGUAAACGAGGACGGAACUACUGAAAAAAAACGUGAAGCUGCGUCACACGAGAUUCCGUCAAGCAAUGAAGGAAUACGCGUAACGGAUCAGAUAGCCCCGAAUAUCCGCAAGACAGUCCCGAAUACAGACCGAAUCGCUUUUAGGUACUGGCAUGAAGACGAAUUGAUAAGCAACCAGAAAUCUUGUCGGCAGCCGCACUGGGCAUUCUUUCACUUUCCUACCUGCAACGCCUUUCACGAGAUGCCACUCGAACGUGAAUAUUUUGAAGCUUCACAAGGCCGACAGGGUUCCGGAGUAACUGAACUCGACAGCUAUUAUAUCAACAGCGGCUAUUAUCGUGAUGUUUGGGUGGUCGCAGGCUCUGCGUCACUUGGCAGGCUUAUUCUCAAAACAUCCAAAUUUGAAUUUGACAUAAACUACAAAACCCUGCAUCAGGUCCAUCGUGAAGCAAACGUGAUGGAGCGUUUGUCCAGCAACCCGUCCAUAGUUGAUAUUUACGGUCAUUGCGGAGGCUCGGUGGCAGCUGAAGCCAUAUCGUAUGAAGUUGAGCGAUACGUUGUCGCCGGAUCAGGCUAUGUGAAUCCUGGCCUAGGGGCUGAUCAACCCGCAGAUCUUUCACCACAAAAUGAUUUCACGCCGUCAGAAAAAUUCCGCAUGGCUCUCGCCAUGGCCGAAUCGAUUGCAGCUCUUCAUGGCUAUCACGGUGGUGUUAUUGUUCACGACGAUAUCCAGUUGCGACAAUGGCUGCAAACCAAAGACGGAAUAUUGAAGUUGGGCGACUUCAAUAGAGCGUAUGUCCUAGAUUGGAACGACUCCACACAGGCAUACUGUUCAUACAACAAUGGACAGGCAUUUGGAAAUAGUAAUCAUUUUUUGGGCCAGAAUCGUUCACCGGAGGAAUAUCAAGCCGGAGAAUUAGACGAAGCGAUCGACGUCUAUUCCUUUGGGAAUUGCUUGUACAGUCUGUUGACUGGGCUUUGGGUCUUCUACGAAAAUGAAGAUGAUGCUAUUGUGCAAGAAAAAGUUUUGACGGGGAAGCGACCCAUGAUUGAUAUCCGCUACCGAAACCGCAGUCUUGAGGAGAAAAUUUUAGUCGAAGUAAUAGACGGGUGCUGGCAACCAGAUCCGAAAAAGCGGCUUGACAUCUUUCAGGUUGUUCGAAGACUUCGAGAAAACUCACAGGCACUUUGA